AUGGCCGACACAGACAAAGCCCAAGACAUUCAGCAGGAGCGUGCUGCGAGUCCCACAUCAGAGCCUGAGAUCAAAAAGGAAAUCAAGGUCGACACCGUACACAAUGACGAAGCCAUGAAAGUGUUAGCCAAUUAUGACGGCGAACAAGAAUGGACUGCGGAGGAAGAAAAGAUAGUCAGGAGGAAGAUUGACAAAAAAUUACUACCUAUCCUGUGUUUAACCUAUGCACUGCAAUACUAUGACAAGGGCAUGAUCUCCCAAGCCGCAAGUCUCCCUGUCUAUGGCAAAGGUGCUAGGGUGUGGUACUCCGCGUCUGGAUAUAUCACAGUCGUCUCGCCCCUUAUCAACUACGGGCUCGGGCAUAUUACCGGAUCACUUUCCCCAUGGCGCUAUAUGUUCAUCGUUGGCGGCAUCAUCACUAUACUAUGGUCGCUUGUUAUUUAUUUCUAUAUGCCUCCUGACCCAAUACGUGCUAAAGGUUUCUCUGAGCGUGAGAGAUUCAUCGCCGUCUCCAGGCUGCGAGUUAACAAUGCAGGGGUGCGCAACACACACUUCAAGAAACAACAGGUGCUUGAAUUGUUCUUAGACGAGAAGUUCUGGCUCGUCUUUUCUAUGUGUUUUCUAUGCAUGAUUGCUGCCGGACCAGUCAAUGCCUUCAUCCCCAUCAUCAUAGCUGGGUUCGGAUUUGGUACACUAGAAUCCCUCCUCUUGAUCAUGCCUGCAGGAUUUGUUGCUGGGUCUAUCAUUCUUGCAUCGACAUAUGCUUCCUACAAGCUACCGCGCUCGAGAAUUUGGAUUGUCGUUGUUUCAGAGAUGAUCACACUUCUCUCCGCCUUAUUGCUCUGGCAACUGCCUCGAAGCGCUCUCGGUGGACUCCUUUAUGCCGUAUACACUCUGGCGGGGUUUACAGGUGGAUUUGGAGUCCUCAUGGGCCUGUCAAUUGGCAAUGCCGCAGGCUAUACGAAGAGACAGGUCAGCUCAUCUGGAAUCUACAUUGGAUAUUGCUUAGGUCAAUUCACCGGCCCGCAGGUUUUCAAGCCACAAGAUGCGCCAGCUUAUGGACCGGGAUUCCAGGUAGUAGUGUACACAGCCGUUGCGACAAUUGCUUUGGCCAUCAUUUACCGCUACCUCUGUAUCUUUCAAAACAAGAGGCGCGAUGCGGCGGGUAUUGUGGAGUCAUUCGAGCAUGCUUACGAAGACGAUGUUACUGACAAGAAGAACCCUCAGUUCAGGUAUGUUUACUAG